UCAGGUUUCGGAGUAAAGCGCAUCCUCCACAGCCGUGAUCUGCGCGUGCUGGACGAGUGUUUGACACCUGUCAAUCAUCAGGGUCACGUGUGCAGUGCCGCCUCAGCGCGCUCCGGGGUUCGGUCCCGCUUCCAACGCUUUGAGCGGCUCCGGUUCUGCCUCUCUUCUUUUGGACGCGGCUCGGAUCCGGUUCUGAGGCGCGGAGCGGGAAGAUUCCGAUUGCGUAACUGAGACGCGCGGCUCCUCUCUGGCAAACAGCGCUGGCAGAUCUGUGACUGAGGAGGAGGAGGAGGAGGAUGGCGAGGAAGAGCGGUUAUAAAGAUGUGUCAGGAGUGGUGUUCGACACGCACUUGAAAAUGGUCAUGUCUCAAGGAGGAUCGUUCGAGAAGAUGAAGGAAAAGAUAAACGCCGUGCGAGCCGUGGUUCCCAACAAGAGCAAUAAUGAGAUCGCUCUGGUGCUGCAGCACUUCGAGAACAGCGUGGAUCGAGCGGUGCAGGCGUUUGUGGAAGGCGGGGCUGUGGAGAUCCUUAAGGAGUGGAAUGUCACUGGGAAAAAGAAGCCCAAGAAGAAAAAGAAGCCAAAAGCACAAAGCGAUGCUCCUGCUGAUGUGGCUCCGGCAGAAGUGACCCCGGACGCCGAGGGUCAGGAGCCCGUUAAUGGUUUCCAUGCCAACGGUUCAGCGGCGGCCGAUGGUGAUUCGCUGGAUUCUCUGAGUGAGCAGCUGGACUCCGCCUCUCUGGACGCAGCGGAGCUCGACUCGGAAACCGUCGCUCCUGAGGCUUUGGAGGCCACAGGUGGAGGUGUGCUGUCCACGUCAAGCCCUGUUCCUCAGCCCAGCACCAAUCACGGAGCACGACAGAACCAUCACAGAACCAAUAACAAGUCUCAAACCAGGCCUGUGUCCAGCUCUGCGCCCGCUCCGUCCGACGACGCGCAGCGAGGUCCUGCCGGCCGAAAGAUGGGGCCAAACGUCGAUCGCUCCGUGAAGGACCUGCAGCGAUGUGCGGCGUCACUGUCACGCUACAGAUUCGUGGUGAGAGACGAGAUGGACUCCUCCAUCAAGAAGAUGAAGCAGACGUUUGCUGAGCUGCAGAGCUGUCUCAUGGAUCGAGAGGUGACGCUGCUCUCUGAGAUGGACAAAGUCAAAGCAGAAGCCCUGGAGAUUCUGAACGGCCGUCAGAAGAGAGCAGAAGAGCUGAAGAGACUGGCUGACCAAUCAGCAUCACUGACAGAGGAGCAGCUCGUUGAGCUACGAGCUGACAUCAAGCACUUUGUCAGUGAGCGCAAGUAUGACGAGGAUCUGGGUAAAGCUGUGAAAUUCUCCCAUGAUGUGGAGCCUCUGAAGUGCAGCAUCAUAUCGUUUGGAUCAGUGUAUCAUCCUCAGACGGGCUACUCCAGCCGUUCUCGUUGUAGCUCCACCUCUUCCUCCGUCACAGGCUCCGCCCCUGCCAAAGCCCCGCCUUCCCUUGAGCUCCAGCAUCCUCAGGCCUCUGCUUACACAGGACGCCCCAGCGUGCCACACAAACAGAUUUUCCAGGGCAACAGGCGCAUCAUUCACGGCUACCAGGGCACUCAGCGAUAUAACGGAAACACAUACCCCGAGCGAAACCCCGGCCGAAGUGGCUACCGCUAUCAGAGCGACCUCGACUCCCAGCCGACCAAUAGCCUGAGAGGCUUCUCCCACUCCUCAGGCUAUCGCUCGGAUCGACCCGCCCACAAUGGGCUUCCACAGAGGCAGCCGCGGACACACGGCCCAUGACGCCACACACACACACAGCUGUCCGAUGAAGAGAAAGUCAAGUUUACAUCCGUUGUCACAUUAGCGUUCAGUGUUAGUCUCAGUAGUUCCUGUGGUGAGUGUUUGCUCGUGGGCUUCCUCUUUCAAACGGUCAAGCGCUUCUCGGAUGAUCAACACUAAGGCAGAGUUUGCUCUGCGAGUCGAUUGAAGCCAGCGUGUCGUGUCCUGAUCGGGUGCUACAGCGCGAGUCUUCACGCUCACGAUAUACCUCACGCUCUCAUUUCACGCUGCGCUCGCCGUCAGCCUCCUCCUGAAACACUCUGGUGGGACACAUCUGCGCUGUGCAUGCUGGGACGUCUGUGUUUGACCAGGAGAGCUCUUCUGUCUGGAUUCUGGCUGACAGGGAGUCUGUCUGUGUCUCUCUUUAGUUUCUGAAAGCUUCUCGUCGCUCUUCUCCGCUCAAUCCUGUAUAUAUGUAAACUAUAUGUAUAAUGUUUUGUAGCCUCUGGCCAUGUAUGUAGUGCGAUUUAUUAGUUCUCUGAUUGAACUCUGUUAUCAAGCAACUUCUGUUCUUCCUCACAAAUGGAGAAAGAGCGCGACUCGUUUCUGUUUUCGUCCAAAAUGAUCCGAGACCGCUGUAAUCAAGUGCCUUCAGUCAUGUGCUUUCACCAUCUCUUGUUCCUUCUGCUCCGGUUCGGACCAAAGACAUCAGAAACCGUCGCCUGCUCCUGCACUAGCAAACACUCAUUGUCUUUCUCGCUAAUUGGCAUACUUGCUUUUCCUUUAUUAUAAAUAAAGAAGGAUUGGUAGCAAAUGCUGAAA